AUGCCUGCCAAAAGCUACGUUGAGAAUCCUUAUUUUGGGGAAUUUGAAGACGCCAAUGUCAAUGUGUAUUCAAGUUUUGAAAGCCACAAAAAACUUCCAAAGGCUGAAAUUCCAAAGAUGCAGGAGACUGCUACAAAAUUGAGUAAAAGGGAACGGCUGAAAUUAAGAACGGCCAGAGCAUUGAAGGGUGAAAUAAAGCCUGGAGAUAUAAUUGGCAGACGCCACCAUGUGAGGUUCUGGAAAAACUCAAAGCUCAGUUCGGCUGCACCUUUGCAGACACAAUCAACAACGCCGUCGAAUAGUAGCUCACCAGCCACAUCACCAGCAACUUCGCUGGACUCGGGAAGCUGGAACGAAGAAAGCGUUAUAUAUAGCCCGCUUGGCCCGUCUUUAACUCCAAAUGAAGAGACAACACAUGUCGAACUAGUUCACUCAAGUGAAGAAAUCACCAGGAUUUCGUCAUUUGAAACAACUCCUCAGGCCUUUGAUCUUUCCAAGUAUACGGCAAGGGCCAUGUCUGCUCGUUUCAGUUGCGGUAGCUCUGAACCAGUAUCGCCAAAUAGGUCAGAAGCCUUCUCACCAACAGAUGGUUUUGGAGCUGGAUUUACGCCAAUCACUCCAAUGCCUGUCGAUGAGUCUAAAUCUGCAGCCGCUAAGCCAGCCGAUCAAAUUCAGGAACUAGUUUCUAGGCCCAAUGCUUCCUUGGUUGACAGCCGCGCACCAGGCAAAGUGCCCGCUGUGCGUUCUUGUACCAUGCCAAUUACUCCGGUUGAAUUAGAAGAAGACAUUACUCACGCUAAUUUCAACCGUCACCAUUCUUUGCCGAGCACUUUCAUCGUAGAAGAGGAAAGUUUACGCAAAGCGCAACCUGAGGUAAGGUUGUCCAGAGAAAGCAUUGAGGUUAGCACAAAACAAGCCAAAAAGAUCAGAUUUCAUGAAUUGAACAAUAGAACAAAGGGGUCAGAAGGGAGGCAAUAUCAUGAAGAACAAUGUCGUAGGUUACAAAAAGAACCACAAACCAAUAAAUCAAAAGUAAAUUUAUUCUCUAGGACAUGGGAGAAUUUGAAUGAGGAGAGCUGGUAUGUGAGAGUCCUACAUGAGUACUGCCCUGUUCGGUUUAGAAAGAAUAAACGGCUAAAUUUUGACAGUCAUCAAUUUCGUGCCAUGCAAUCCAAAUUGACUUUCGAAGCGCUAGUGGAGCAAGAAGUUCGUCGUCAGGACAGGAAGCUCAUAUUCCGCCCUAAUAAUUACGCCAACAAAUCAUUUAUUCGUAGAUGGUUUAAUUUUGAAGAGGAUAAAGAUAUCCUAGACUCGAUGGACCAUUUUAUACUAUGCAAUGAAGGUCUCACGCCUAUCUUCAGAGGAUCUCGGCCAGCGGUGCGUAAACAUCUGUUCCGCCGUUGGUUAAAUUUUGAUAGAAAUAGAGCCAUAAUUUGUGAACAAUUAAUGGAAAGAUGGUUGGAAGAUAAGCAGUAUGUGAAUAAAUUGAAAAAGGGUCGGGAUGAAAGAGAGCAAAUGCGUGCGGAAAUGGAAACUCGACUAAAGGAUUAUGAUAAAAUACCGCCGCCUUCAUUUUUCAUCAAGAAACUCAUGUCAAAUUUAUCUGGAAAUCGUAGCAGGAUAGGUAAGCCGCCAAAACGUGGUAGCCAAAUUGUAGUCUUGAAGAAAGAGCCACUGUUUGGAUCCCAGUAUUUUGAAAAUAAAAAAACUAAAGCCAAGAGAUGGAUCAAAGAUUUAUUACUAGGUAUGCAUUAA